AUGUCGCGUCCCCAACCGCCUCUUGCCCGGCGAGGCCCGCGCGCGCUCCUCUUCCUCUCCCUCAUACACAUCCUCGUCCUCGUCCCCCUCUUGGCGUCGAGCCUGGCCAACGCAUCGCCGCACCCGUCAAGGGCCAUCCUUCGUCGUGCCGAUGCCGCCCAUCCAAAGCAGCGUCAGCCGCAGAGCAACGGUCAUGCCGUGAACAAGGUCAGCGGCAACGGCAAAGGCGGCGCCGACGACGACGACGACGGCGACGGCGAUGGCUACGACUUUGACGCACCCCGCCCGAUCCGACGCUUCAAGCUCGAGGUCGGCAGCAAGACGGUGUGGUCCGACUGCAACCCCAUGUCUGACGCGCCCGUCAUCAACGGCACCACGCCCGGACCGACGAUCCGCGUGCGGGCCGGCGAGCGCGUCCUUAUCAAUGUCACCAACGUCCACCCCAGCGAGCCGACGACGAUGCACUGGCACGGCCUCUCGAUGCGGCUCAACCCGGCUUCGGACGGCACGCCCAUGAUCUCGCAGUGGACCAUCGAGCCGGGCAAGUCGUUCGAGUACGACAUCCGCCUCGACGAGCGCGAGCCGGGCACCUACAUGUACCACACCCACGUCGAGCUGGGCAGCAUGACGGCGUACGGCGCCCUGAUCAUCGAGGACGCGCCAUCGGCGGCCGAAGCCAAGCCGGCCGGACCCAAGGCCAAGGCUGGCGGCAAGGCGACACCGAGCAUCACCUGGGGCGACGAGGACCUGCAGCGUCGCCACGGAAAGAGCGCUCCGGGCGCACCGUACAAGUACCACCAGGAUCGCAUCCUGGCGCUCGGCGACUACUGGAGGAUGACGAGCCCCGCCAACAUCUCGGCCGGUCUGGCGGCCAACCCGUUUGUGUGGCCGGGCAACCCGCAGAGCCUGCUCGUCAACGGCCGCCAGAGGGGCGAGUGCAACGCCACGGCCCUCGCGGCCCGCUCGCUCCAGUGCCCCACGUCGUCGCCGUCGGACGCGACCAAGCCGCUGUGCGACUACCCAGAGAUCCGGGUGCAGUACGGCAAGACCUACCGCUUCCGGCUGAUCGGCUCGCAGACGCUCAUGUACAUCUCGCUCGGCAUCCUCAACCACACGGUCGAGGCCAACCGGCUCGAGCUGAUCGAGGCCGACGGGAGCUACCUCUCGCCCGCGCCGACCGAGUACGUCGAGGUGGCGCCAGGGCAGCGCUACUCGUGGCUCUUCCGCGCCAAGCGGCGCGACGAGGUCGAGCGCGACGCCACGGCGGGCGUCUACUGGAUCAGGAUGGAGUCGAGAUGGCGCACCGGUCCGUCCGGCUGGGCGCGGCUCGUGUACGUCGACGACGACAGCCAGGACGGCAACGACGCGCGCCUCUCCUCGGCCUCGACAUCGUCCUCGGCCAACGAUGCGACGGUCGGCAAGGCGUCUCCGCCCGCCUCGAUCACCGCCAACGCCACGCUGCUGCCAAAGGAGAAGGUCGGGUGGAUCCUGGACCGCCUUUCUCCGCUGCGGGGCCACGCCGCACCCUGCCCGCCCGACUCGGCCGUGACGCGGACGGUGAUUAUCAAUGCGCAGCAGCACCUCGUCUCUCCGGCGUCCAAGGCGGUGCAGUGGUGGGAAAACGGCCGGGCGUACGACGAAGAGCGCUCGACGCCCGUGCCCUACCUCGUGAACCUGUACACGGGCAAGGUGCCCCGACCUUCGCUGUCGCGGUCCCGCGAUGCCGCACACGUCGACGACGAGGCGCACCGCCUCCUCCACGCCUCGGAUGCAAGGGACGUGGCGGCCACCAUGGAGCGGUACAGGUGGAGCCAGGGGUUCGACGACGUGGCGGGCGUCUACCUCGCGCAGCCGGGCGAGGUCAUCGACAUCAUCAUCAUCAACCGGCCGUCGAACAUCUCGUCCAACGUCGAGGUGCAUCCGUGGCACAUGCACGCGUCCAAGCACUGGACGCGCCUCACCCGGUCCGGCACGUUUUCCUUUGCCGCCUACGCCUCUGCCCUCGCCUCCUCGGCGGCGCAGGGGGGCAGAGGGGCGUACAGCGAUCCGAUCCCGCGCGACACGACGUCCGUCUACCCGUCUCCGGGCGCGGCCUACCUCAACCAGACCGUAUCCUCGCCGCAGGACAACGACGGAGGCUGGUCCGUGCUCCGGUACAAGGUGUCUGCCAGCAACGCGGGCGUCUUUCCGCUCCACUGCCACAUCACCUUCCACCUCAAGAUGGGCAUGGCUGUCGUGUGGGGCUUUGAUAUCGACGCAUUCGCCGGCCACGGAGGCAAGCUCGACCGCUUCUACGCCCAGACCGGCGAUUCGGUCGAGGGCCUGAGCCUGGGCUACCUCGAACCGGGCCACGACGUCGCUGCCGUCCUCUAA